AUGACCAAGAUAUAUCUUUUGAUACUUUUGACCUUCUUGGCCUACGCAGAGCUGAUUUACCAAAAAAUCGAUAGCGUUAUGACAAUCGGUUGGGAAAUCUCAAAUGACGAAAUCAUAUUCAACUUUAAGGUAGCAUUUAUUUAGUGCAAAGCUGAUUGGUGCAGCAUAGGGUUCGCUAAUUCCAUGUUUGGAUGUGAUAUGAUUGUAGCCCUACAAAAAAAGUCUGCGAAUUCCACUGUAGAACUGAUGGACAUCUGGUCAGAAAAUCAUGACACUCCUUACUCAGAUACUGAUCUAAAAGGAACCAAUGACAUAAAAUAUAUCAAAGGAGGCUAUUCAACUUCACCAGGUAGACUAAUUGAUGUAUAUUUUAGCAGAAAAUUGGACACUGGAGAUAAGUAUGACAAGGUUAUAGUGCCUGACCAAGUCAUGGACAUUAACUGGGCAUAUCAAAAAAGAACAAGACGCUUUGAUGAGCAUGAUGAGUACGGAGCAUCAACCAUUGUAUUUGCAACAAAAAUAGAGAAAAUAAACUACCAAAUUGAUGAAAAUGAUUUCGAGUAUUAUGCAGCCCAUGCAUUGCUUAUGAUAAUUUCAUGGUCUUUAUUAGCUCCUGGAGCUAUUAUUGUUGCCAGGUACUAUAAAAGCUGGAAACUUUGGUACCCUUGUCAUCUAAUUUCUUUUUCCCUGGCUAUUUUUUUAACCCUAUUUAGUGUUGGAUUAGCUUUUUAUAAACAUCCAGUAUCUUAUGAAACCUUUACAGAAGUGCCAAGAUACCACGCCAGGCUUGGAUUUCUCUUAGCAGGAACUGUUGUAGCCCAAGGCAUUUCUGGCUUAAUCGUAAGGUGGCUUCAGACUUCUUCGACCAGCUUUUCAGCAAUUUCCCAAACAAGAAGACUUCAUAAAUCAAUUGGAUGAAUUAUGGCAACUCUUGGCAUCCUGAUCAAUAUAUCAGGGUUUUGACUUGUGGAAAGCGAAUUAGAUGAGGUCAGUGGAAUAUUGUUCUGGACUGCAAUAUGCACAUUGAUAAUAGUUUCCUUUGAAAUUGAUCAUAAAUGGAUAAAUCUUAUUCCAGCUCAAUUCGUUGUAUGGAUGAAGCUAAAACUCUCCAAAAGAUUCCCAUUCCUUUAUAAGGCAAACAGGAGCAUGACUCAUAGAGCAGCUCUAAAAGAGAUGACAAUGAAAAAUAAAGAUUACAUGUUUUAUGAAGAAUUCGUGAUUGAUAUAACUGAUUUUAAGUUCUCCCAUCCAGGAGGAGCAUUCAUGCUGAAUGAUUCUAUCGGAGAAGAUACAGGGAAAUACAUGAUUGGGUGCAGCAGUGCAAAUGGAGAAUUAGCGCCAUAUACCCAUUCGCCUGAGUCUUUUGAUCUUCUUAAAAAGCUUGUAGUUGCCAAGAUUCCAUAUCCAGAUGAGUUUUUAAUACCUCUUAACUAUGAAGAAUUGAUGGAUUCCAUGACUUGGAGUGUCAAAUCACAGCAUGUUAUAAGCGAAAAUACUUAUUUACUUGUAUUAAGUUCUAAGAACUUCAAUAUGAACUCGAAAUGCAAAAAUCCUUUAUGGCUUGGCAAACAUUUUAGGAUUAAUGCAGAAGUUGAUGGGAAAAAUGUAUCAAGAUAUUAUAGCGCAUUCUUUUGCAACUUGAAUUCAUGGGCUAUUGAAUGCCAAGAAAGUGGUUAUAGAGUUAGCACUUAUCCAAACGUGAAAAGUGGUAGAUUGCAGCUGAUUUAUAAGGAAUAUCCUCAAGGAGUCUUAACCCAGCAUUUGAAGUCUUGCCAAGCAAAAACUAAACUAAACCUCAAAGGUCCAUUAGGACCUGGACUCUGCUUAUCAGAAUUUUCUGGUAAAUAUGUAGCCUUUGCAGCUGGUACAGGCUUGGUUCCAUUUCUGGACAUAGUCUGCUAUCUUUGGACUAUAAGAAAUAGCCCACAUAUUCAAUUUUCUUUUACUCUUAUAGUUUCUUUUAGGAAUUUGAAAGACUUCUUUGGCUUACUCUUUAAUUAUUUAAAAAAAUAUAAAAGCCUGGUAUAAUUUGUUAUUAAAUAAUUUUUUUUAUUUUUAAAUUGAAGAGCUAGAUCUUCUUGAAGCUACUGCAAGUGCUUUAGGAGAAAGUAGAUUUAAGCUUGUUAUCCUCACUAAUGAAAGACGAGAACAACUUCCUGGAUUAGUCAAAGAAUGUGGAGAGCUCAAGUCAGAUCUAGCUUGGGUUUGUGGGCCUUCUGGGUACAAUAAGUUUAUUCUUGAUUCCCUGAAGGCUGGAGGACUUAGUAGAGAUAAAAUUAUCGUGAUGUAA